CCAUAAUUAUAAAACAAAAGAAACAAUGGAAUAUGGUUUAACUCGGUUCUCUUAGAAUCUGUCAAUUUCUCAUUUGGGUUGUCUUCAUUUGAGUGGAAAUGGGCUCUUGCAAACUUUUCAUUGGCGGGAUUUCCCGAGACACAAAUGAAGACACUCUCAGACAGUACUUCCAGAAUUAUGGAGACAUUGUUGAAGCUGUGAUAAUGAAGGAUCGGACCACAGGGCGUGCUCGUGGUUUCGGAUUUAUUGCUUUUGCUCAUCCUGCUGUUGCUGAACGAGUUGUUAUGGAAAAACAUGUCAUAGAUGGUAGAAUUGUUGAAGCAAAAAAAGCUAUCCCUAGAGAUGAUCAGAAUGUUCUGAGCAGAAGCAACAGCAGCAUUCAUGGGUCGCCUGGUCCUACUCCUAUCCGCACAAAGAAGAUAUUUGUUGGAGGUCUAGCAUCCACAGUUACUGAGAGUGACUUUAAGAAGUACUUUGAUCAAUUUGGAACAAUUACAGAUGUUGUUGUGAUGUAUGACCAUAACACCCUAAGACCUAGAGGUUUUGGAUUCAUUACCUAUGAUUCUGAGGAAGCAGUGGAGAAAGUGCUGCACAAAAAGUUUCAUGAACUGAAUGCUAAAAUGGUUGAAGUUAAGCGGGCUGUUCCAAAGGAAUUAUCUCCAGGUCCAAGUAGAGGCCAGUUAGCUGGAUAUAAUUAUAGUACAAGUAGAUUCAGUAGCUUUCCUAAUGGUUGCAUUCAGGGAUAUAAUCCUAGCCUGGCUGGAGGGCAUGGACAUAGAAUAGAAGGCUUGUUGAGUCCUGAUACUGUUGGUCGUAGUGGAUAUCCUCCUUUGAGUCCUAGUUAUGGGACAGGAAUCAACUUUGAGCCAGCAUUUAGCCAAACUGGAAGUGAAAAUUUUAAUUCUACACUUGUAUUAGGAGGGGCAUUAAACCCUUCAUAUAAUGGAAGUUCAAGCAGGUACAAUUAUGCCAUGGGGUAUGCUGGUUCAAGUGUAGGCAACAAUUCAACCGUAAGUUCAACAAAUCAAAAUUUGUGGGGGAAUGGGAAUCUUAAUUAUGCUACUAACCCUACAAACUCUGAUGCUUUUGGUAGUAUUGGAGCACUUACGAGUUCCUCCCCUAGUACAGGUCGAGCUGGAAGUAUCGGCUAUGGCUAUGGUAAGGGCCGUCUUAUUUAUGGUUCUGGAGAUGUGGAUUUUGAAUCAAAAGCAGUAGGUUAUGGAAAAAGUGAUGAACCAAAUACUUCAUCAUAUGCUCGCUCAAAGGGAAGUUAUGAUGGGGCAUACAAUGACAUCAAUGAAGUUAAUUCAUUUUAUGGGGACCUUACUUGGAAAUCAUCAUUACCUUCAGAACUAGAGGAUUCUGGUUCUCUUGGUUUUGGCUUUGGAAAUGCAGUUUUAGAUUUGAUGAGAAAAAGCUCUGGUGGCCGCAUUGAGGCUUACGCUGUUGCCAAUAGACAAUCAAAUAGAGGAAUUUCUAUUUAGGAAGGUUAAGCUACCAAUGCUCUCAGAUAUUGUAUUGAAGUAUCUCCAGUGUAGAAGGUGACAUAAUGUGGAAGCAUAAAUUUCUGUACGUGAGAUUCGUGAAGAG